AGGUGCGGAGGCGGAGGAGAAGGACUUGGAUCACCUCGUUGGCUGAUGCGGAAAUAGCGGACGCUUUAACCUUGCGUAGUGCGGCGCGCCAAAUCACGCACGGCAAAAGGAAAAAGAAAAGCUCUUAGUGGGCAACGUGGCGUGGUCAAAUCCGCGUGUGCAGUGUUGUGGAGUCCCGCCGGAUGACGCACUAGAAGGUCAUGUCGGAAGCUGCGGAGCCAAGCCAGGAGCUGCAGCGCUGGCUCCUCAGCCUCCACCUCUCCCAAUACGCGUCGUGCUUCCAGCAGGGUGGCUACCGGACUCUGCGGGACCUCGCCCGGCUCACGGACGAGCAUCUCCGAGAGCUCCGGGUGCUCCCGACCGGACACCGCAAACGCAUCCUUCGCAGUUUAGAAGCACUGGGUGUCCACACGCAAAGUCAUGGAGAGGAAGUCCAGAAACCGAGGCCGUACCCGAGAAAUAUCUUCUUGGUGGAUAAAAAAAGAGGCGGGUCCUGUCAGCACCCUUGUCCAAAAGAACGGCAGCAGGUACCAUUGGAUGGGAGUCAGACCUUGCCGGCGGGAGCUGGACUCGGGGCGCAGACGGAAGCCUCCGGCCCGCCGCGACCGGCCCGUCGAAACGUCCCAGCGUCUACGUUGGAGGAUCUCCCUGCUUCCUUGUCCAGCAGCAGCAGCAGCAGCAGCACAGAAUCACUCCCAAUUUCGGAGACUUCCCCGGAGGACGCCCCCUUUGUACCUUCCCCUUCCGAUGUCCCGACCCAGAGCGAGGAUCGAGGCUCUUCUCUCUGCAGCAUGGUGGACAACGCCCUCUACGACGCCCAGCCCGCUUCCGCCGCCCCCAAAGGUCCGCGACCGACCCGCUCUUAUCGGCUGAGGCACAGGCCGGUGCCCGACAUCCCCCAACAAGACGGGCGCGUGCAAACAAGCGGGCCCCGACACCCGGCAGCCGUCUGCGGGCGUCCCUCCGGUGCAAACGGCGCUCAGAAAGCUCCACUUCACAGAACCUUGACGCCCAUCGCUCCCUACGGAGAGACCUUCCUGUACAACAGCGCUCAAAGCAUUCCGAGGCAAGGUGGCAAAGAAGCGGCGCCCAAGGAAACGGUCAGAGAGAAGAAGCUAAGAUCUGAAGACAAGGAAGGCCCUCCCGUUGCGAGCGUCCCGGACCCUUACAAAGAUGACUACGCCACAGUGGAAGAGUGCGCCAGCUUUUUGCCAAGUUUGGCGCAAAGUCCGGCAGAGUACGGCUCCAUCGGCCCAGCGGCCUCUGCUUGGGAUUCUGGCUCUGCUUCUGCCGUGACGGCGGACUGCGAGCUCUACUCCCAAGCUGACCGUCUGCCUGAUAUUUCCCCGUACGCUUGCUUUUACGGCGCCACAGAACCUCAAGUGCUGAAAAUGGGCUGGCUGGACAAACUUUCACCUCAAGGGAAGUGCGUCUUUCAGCGGCGGUGGGUGCGUUUCGACGGCGAGACCCUGGCCUACUACAACAGCGACAAGGAAAUGUACUCCAAAGGAAUGAUUCAGGCCUCCGCCGUCCGCCAGGUGCAACCUUUCGGUGACAACAAGUUUGAGGUCAUCACCUCGCUUCGCACAUUUGUCUUCCGAGCCGAGAAAGAAGGGGAGCGCCGCGAAUGGAUGGACAGUCUUCAGACGGCGGCGGCGGUGGCGCGGCUCCCGGACGGCUCCGGCCUGCGCCGCCAUUCCUCCACCAGCAAGCGCGGCAUGCUGGAGCUGCGCCCCCACAAAGGCCGAGUUUUGAUCUCCCUGGCGGCCAGCAAAGUCCGGCUCUGCAAAAGUGAACAGGACUACCAGGCGGGCCUGGCUAUCUGCGAAGUGGAUUUGACGGCCGCCAGGAUCCGAGACACCGAUCGGAGGAUCUUUGAAAUCAACACGCCCUUUAAGAGCUUCUGCUUCACGGCCGAGUCGGAGCAGGAGAAGUCGGAGUGGAUCGAAGCGGUUCGGGAAUCCAUCGCAGAGACGCUGUGCGACUACGAGGUGGCCGAGAAGAUCUGGUCCAACGAGGCCAACCGUAACUGCGCCGACUGUCGCGCCGCCCAGCCGGAGUGGGCGUCGCUCAACCUGGGCGUGGUCAUCUGCAAGAAGUGUGAGAGGCAGCACCGCUCGCUCGGCCACAACAUCUCCAAAGUGCGCAGCUUGAAGCUGGACACCGGAAUCUGGAGCAACGAGCUGGUGGAGCUCUUCUUGGAAGUGGGCAACCAGAAGGCCAACACUUUCUGGGCCGCCCAACUGCCCCCAGAGGAAGAGCUCUGCGCCGGCGCUUCGGACGAGCAACGCGCCACUUUCGUCCGCAGGAAGUAUCGGGAGAGAAAGUACUGCCGAGUCCUCGAGGACCUUCAUGACUCGGAGCAGCUCAACAAGGCGCUCUGUGGCGCGGUGGUGCUGCCCGACGUGCUGCGGAGCAUGGAGCUGCUCUUCAGCGGCGCAGAUGUCAUGUGCGCCACCGGGGACCCGACCUGCUCCACGCCGUACCUCCUGGCCCAGCGCGCCGGCCAAAGGCUGCAGAUGGAGUUCCUGCAUCAGAACAAGCUCUUGGAUUUCCCAAGACUUGAUCCUUGGUCGGAAAACACAUUGUCAUCGGAGAGGUCCCGCUUCAUGGACGGCUUCCUGUUCAUCUCCUCGGGCCAAGGCCGGACGUUGCCGGACCGGCGCAGGGGAGACGAGACGGCGCGCCGCUGGUGCACGCUGGAGGGCGGCUUCCUGAGCUACUACGAGAGCGUCCAGAGUCCGACGGCGGCCGGAAGGGUGGCCGUCGAAGACGUGGUCAGCCUGGCCAUCAGCAACGCCGAGACCAUGACCGUGGCGGGGCCCGUGUUCACCGCGGAGGUGUACCUGCGCUCGGCGCGGGCGCUCAUCAUCGGCGCCGAGACGCAGGACACGCUACGUGAUUGGAUCCAGGCGCUGACUAAGUGCUUGGUGCCACUAAAAGCGGAAGCUCUGGUGCAGGAGAACAGCGAAGUCAUCGGCCGACUCCUCUACAAAGAGGGUCACGACCUGUACCACUGGAGGACGGGCUGGUUCAUCCUGGCCGGAUCCGUCCUGCACUUUGGCCCUGGCGACGAGGAAGGAGAUGAGGGAGUGCUUCGUCUCAAACAGCUGCAGGAGCUCACUGUCACCACCCACACCGAGGGCGAGGAGAAGAUCCAAGUGCUGCUGAUGGUGGAGAGCGGAAGAACCAUUUACAUCCACGGUUUCAACACGUUGGAUUUCGAACUGUGGCUUUCAGCCAUCACGCAGGCGGCCGGCAAUGACGGCAAGGCGCUGGGCGACCAGCAGCUCACUAAAAACGGCGUCCCCAUCGUGGUGGAGAGUUGCAUCGCUUUCGUCACGCAGUACGGUUUAUGCCACCAGGGCGUCUACCAGCAGGCGGGCGAUCCCAAAGGGGUGGCCCAACUCUUGGAGGAGUUCACCAUGGAUGCCCGGAAUGUCAAACUGAGGGACAAAGAGCGCCACCUGGAGGAUGUGACCGACACUCUGAAGAGCUUCUUCUCCCAGGCGGAAGACGCGCUCUUGACCAAGGAGCUCUAUCCCUACUGGGUGGCGGCUUUGGAUGAGGAGGAUGAGAGCCUGAGAGUGAAAAAGUAUUCCACUUUUAUUGAAAGUUUGCCUAAAACCAACAGGGCAACUCUUGAUGCCUUACUGCAACACCUGUACAGGAUUCAGCAGUGUUGCCACCUCAACGGUAUGCCAAGUGAAAAACUGGCCUCGGUCUUCUCGUCCUGCUUGUUCCAGACGCAGGGACAGACGGCGCAGGAGAUCCGCGUGGUCCGCGACCUCAUCGACAACUACGUUAGGCUCUUCAGUGUCAAUGAAGAGCAGGUGCAACAGAUGGCGAGGGAGAAUAGUUUCAUCACCCGCUGGAAUGACAAAAAGGACACCACGUUCUCGCCAGCUGGAGACUUGAUCUUUGAGGUGUACUUGGAAAAGCGACAGCCGGAGAAUUGCUGUCUAAUCAAGGUUUGGCCCAGCAUGCGUUCAGCGGAGCUGGCCGAGACGGCGCUGAGCAUGCGCGACGUCCCCUUUAACGCCGACGACGCGUGGACCACAUUUGAAGUCAUCGAGAAUGGCGAGCUGGAGCGGCCGUUGCACCACAGCGAGAAGAUUCUCGAGCAGGUGUUGGAGUGGAGCGAGCUGGACUGCCCCAGUUCGGCUUUUCUGGUUUUGAAGAAGUUUGCCAAGGCCAAACAAGACACGUUGGACAAAGCGGAGCCCAAGCGGCCGGCGAAGCGGGGCUAUCUGAAGUUCAACGACGGCUGCUCCAAGCUGCUCUCCGGGCACAAGUUCCAGGACAAAUUUGUGGUGCUGCGUGCCCACAAGCUGCUGCUCUACAGAGAUAUCAAAACCACCAAAGCUGAGAAGGAGCUCCAUCUCAAGGCUGCCAAAUGUUACCUGGGCCUGAAGAAGAAGCUGAAGCCCCCGAGCAGCUGGGGAUUUACUGUCUACACAAAGAAACAGCAGUGGCAUUUCUGCUGCGAGGCGAAGGAGGAGCAGCUCGGCUGGGUCACCGACAUCAUCAGGAUGAAGUUCGGCUCUGACCUCAGCUCGGACCCGGGGGAGGCCGCCGCGUCCGCCAACGGAGGAGCCGCGGCGGACGGCAGAAUGCGCCUGCAGCAAAACUCCGCUUCAAAGACUCAGGUGACAAACAGGAGGACUUCCCUACCCGACGGUCCAAAGCCCGCGAUCCCACGGCCGCUUUCCGUCAUGGACCCGCCGCGCCAGCCGUACCCUAGAGCCCCGCCCGCUUCCCGGCAAAGUAGCCUUCAGAUGGCUGGCAAGAGGCCCAGCCCGGGGGUCGGCGAGGGUAAGAUGCCUCCCAAUCUGCUGAGCGAGCUGAAUUCGGUGCUGAGUAAGGCGGGCCGCAGCACCGAGUGACGGACUUGGGCGGUCCCUGCGCUUCAUGAACAGGCAAGACAUUUUCCGACGGUUGCCAUCAAAAUGGAUACGACGUCACUCCCAAGAUUAGGUGAGGAUGCAAAUGACCUCGUUCAAGACUGAUUUUUUUUUUUUUUUUUUUUUGGUCAAGCCUGGACAUUGUCUCGAGAUUCAACUUUUUAUACUCUUUCCAUAGUUUUGCUCUACAUGAAAUAUUGUCUUAUGUAAAAUUCAUUCUCCUAUUCUCCAAAUAUUAGCAACUAUCAUUGCACAUAUGGUGUGUCCAAAAUGUAACGUGACCCCUACAUGGCAGUUCAGAAUCAGUAUUCAACUAAUAUCAUAAGUUCCGACCCUCAUUUUUAUUUUCCUGUUGUACUCAGAGGGCCAAGCAUUCGAAUAAACUCCCGGAAUGAAUGAAUGAAUG